UAACUCUCUACACAGCCUGUGUCAACUUGCCCUGUCAACUGAUAGAAGUCCUAGUCCUCCUUUAGAAGCAGUCCUAUUCAGGCUAUAGUUUUCCACCACAAUCUCUCCUAAACGCUGCUUAUCGAUAUGAUUUGUGUCAUAUGUACAAAGAUCAAGAUCGACACGCAGACACUUCCUCAUCACCAGACCUGCCAGUCCUUCAAGAACUCGGUGGACUUGGGAUGCUACAUCUGCAAUCGCCUCUGGGCAGUUCUAACGCUUAAUGAACGAUGCGCUGUUUCGUCUUCGGCUGAGUCAACGUCGAACCUCAUCAGCGAUGCAACUGAAGUCUCGAUUUGUAACAAACAGAUCCGUUCUAUCCAAAAUUGUGUUACUACGUCUUGGUCUCAGGAAGGUAGUAUAUACGGCCAUCCGGGAUGCUACUUAUUGUCCCUCUCUUUCGACGCAAGCAAAGCGUUUCCUCAAAAAGUAGUGCCAGCGACAUACUGGCGUGCAUCAUUCUUGUUGCAGCCUCUUAAUGACCUACUGCUGUGCAAUCCCAGGGAGAGACUUGCUGGCACCACGAAAUCGGCUCAAGCCUUGUCUACUGCAAAGAGUUGGGUAACCGAAUGUGUGACCAAACAUCAGCAUUGCAAAAGUUUCUCCAGUGAGAGGCUUUGGUAUCCAACGCGCCUUCUUGACUGCGGAUCUCUCAGAAGCUCAGAAACAUCUUGUCGGUUAAUCGAGACCAACAAAACAUCUCUCGAUGAGCCAUACAUGACACUCAGUCAUUGUUGGGGACAUACCAACUGUCUAAAGCUGACCACUAGCAACCAUGCCCAACUCCUCGAUGCGAUCCCGUUGUCUCUUCUUCCUCAGUUGUACCAGGACGCUGUGUACAUCACUCGUUAUCUAGGUAUAAGAUAUCUAUGGAUCGAUUCUCUCUGUAUAAUACAGGAAGGAGAUGGACUCUUGGACUGGCUGAAAGAAGCAGAGGUUAUGGGACAGGUCUAUUCGAAUUCAUACUGCAAUAUCUCUGCCGCAAAUGCACCAGACAGCGACCAUACUCUCUUCUGCAUCCGAAACCCAGAAGCCUUUCUUCCACAGACCAUUGGCAUCACUGUAGAUGGCUGCACACAUCGUUAUCAUGUAUCCGAUUAUCGUUUUUGGGAAACCGAAGUGUCUCAGGCUUUGAUUAAUACUCGAGGCUGGGUCCUCCAAGAGCGACUCUUGUCUCCGCGCGUCCUGCACUUUGGCGAGCGCCAGCUAUUCUGGGAAUGUCGACAGAAAGAUGCCGCUGAAGUUUCUCCAGGCGGCUUGUCUCAUAAGAGUUCUCGGUGUCCUCGCUUGAAAGACCUUGCCCCUCAUGGUGUUAUCGUGAACGACGAAACCAACAGCGACGCUACGGCAUACAAUUAUUGGGUCCAAAUUGUACGUACGUACACAGCGUGUCAGCUUUCCUAUCCUAAUGAUAAACUGGUUGCUCUUUCAGCCAUCGCGAAAGUGAUGAGAGAUAUCUUGCGAGAUGAGUAUGUUGCUGGCAUGUGGCGUCGCUAUCUGGGUUUCGAGCUCCUUUGGUCAGUAAGAGGAGACCUCACACGGUUUGCAUCACGGCCCCAAAAGUAUCGUUGUCCAAGUUGGUCAUGGGCGGCGGUAGAUGGCGGUAUCAACCCUGGCCUUCCAGAUGUUGAUACGGCAAGUUUAUUAAUCGAAGUAGUCGAUUUCAAAGUAGAUUAUUUGACAAACGACAACACGAGCUUGGUUCAAGAUGGAUGGCUGCAUUUGCGGGGUGUAUUGAAACAGUUGAAAUUGAUACGACACGGCCCGUUGAAAACACGUGGCUAUGGAGAUUGGAAUAUGCUCGUGAAUGGGCAGCAUAUUAGCGUGUUGACGGACUCUGCAUACAAGGAGCCACAACCUCAUGUGAAGCUCGACGCUUUUUAUGACCAGUUCGAAGAGCAAAAUGCGAAGGAAACUUUGUACUGUAUGCCGGCGAGAGUACGCCCCGGCGCCGAUGGGAGCAUAUAUGCUUUGAUAUUGGAGGUAGAAGACCCGCAGAGGGGCGUAUAUCGUCGCAUUGGACUAGCUCGUGGAUGGGGUGAAGAGAUGAAAGGGAAAAUGUUGGCUUGUAGUGGAGAGGAGGACCAAUUCCCAUGUGAACAGUUUCACAAUGGUCUCCACAUGAUACGUAUCAUUUAACGGGCAGUAGCAACCCUGAAUGUAAGUCGCAUUCAGCA